GGGCCGGCCGGCCUCCGGGCCCCGCCCCGCGCGAAGUGGGCGGGGCCACCCAGCGGAAAGGCCCGCCGCCAUCUUGGAUCGCGGGUGCCUGUGAGGGAAGAGGAGGGGCGGCGGCGACGAAAGAGGGAAGAAGAAGAAGAAGGAGGAGGAGAAGAAGGAGACUCCCCGCCGCCGCCCGUCGCCCCCUCUUGCGCCCUUCCGCGGCUCCCGCCCGGGACGAAACGCUGCUGUGGCCUCCGCUGCCUCCCCAGCCAAGCUGCCCAGUCACCAGCCCCUCGAGCCCAGUGCCACAAUGGCAACUGCACCUUACAACUAUUCCUACAUCUUUAAAUACAUCAUUAUCGGUGAUAUGGGUGUAGGAAAGUCGUGCUUGCUCCAUCAGUUUACAGAAAAGAAGUUUAUGGCAGAUUGUCCCCAUACAAUUGGAGUCGAGUUCGGCACCAGGAUAAUUGAAGUUAGCGGCCAGAAAAUUAAGCUGCAGAUCUGGGACACGGCGGGACAAGAGAGAUUCAGAGCUGUCACACGGAGCUACUACAGAGGAGCUGCGGGAGCUCUUAUGGUUUAUGAUAUCACUAGAAGAAGUACGUAUAACCAUUUAAGCAGCUGGCUGACGGACGCAAGGAAUCUAACUAACCCAAAUACUGUGAUCAUCCUUAUAGGAAACAAAGCAGAUCUGGAAGCCCAGAGAGACGUGACAUACGAGGAAGCCAAACAAUUUGCCGAAGAGAAUGGCUUGCUGUUUCUUGAAGCGAGCGCAAAAACAGGCGAGAACGUGGAAGACGCAUUCCUAGAAGCCGCCAAGAAAAUUUACCAGAAUAUCCAAGACGGGAGCCUGGAUCUGAACGCGGCAGAGUCAGGGGUACAGCACAAGCCUUCAGCUCCACAGGGCGGCCGGCUAACCAGCGAACCCCAGCCCCAAAGAGAAGGCUGCGGCUGCUAGUGACCUCGGUUCCUUGGCUCUAUUUGUGACCUUUCACCUCUGUCAAGAGCAGUGCUUUUUUUGGGGGGGGCUGCUUCCGUUUUCCUCUGCACAUCUUACCAGGUUUAAUUAAAAACUCCCGAGGCAAGAGUUUAACACAGUACUAAACUGCUAAAGAAUAAAAUAAAGAGAAAAAACUUAGAUGUAAUCAGGUUAUCAAAGGCAAGUAGAGUCAUACCCCCAUCCCUGCAUGGUAAAUCUAGACGUCUUUAUUCCCCCCUCCUCUCCUCUCCUCUCCUCUCCCCCUCCCCAUAAUCAAUCGUCCUUGUGAAUAGAUGUCACCGAUUCAUGAUUUACAAAACAAGAGCUCUGAUGCUGGACCUCAUGACUUUCUCUCUCUCUCCCUCCCUCUCUCUCUCUCUCCGCAGAGCUUUGUCUCUUGUAAAGUUUAACUUUGUUAGCUUCAGCUUUUUCUCCCAAUCUGUAACUGGUCUGUCCUUUUUAGUAACAAACAAAAAAGAAAAGAAAAGGAAAAAAAAAGAAAGGAAAAAAAAAAGAUUUGCUAUGAAACUAUUUCCAAGGGUAGAACGGGAUCCUGCGUAGAUUGCUUUCGUUGGGAAACGUGGUGAUGGCUGGGGAUUUUUUGGGUGGGGGGGGAGAAAGACACUUAUUGCUGGGCCCCCUCUGUCUCGGUCUAGGACGUGGUACGGCUUUAUCACGUACCCCAUGUCUUGAGGCUGCCGCCGCCGCCGCUCCUCCCUGUUUUUUACCCAUACGGGCCCUUAUUAUUAACCAAGCAUAAAUAUGUAUAAAUUUUGACCAAACCAAGCUAGACACUCGAAUACAUCCUGUGUAUAUGAUUUUAAUGAAGAGGGGAGGGGAGAGAGAGUCCUCGAUGACUGGCAUUAGAAACUUAAAAGUGAAAUUAUCUGUACAGCUCCACGAAAGACGGCCAGGUUAGUGAGCACAGGUCAUUUGUCCACCCCGGUUGAACUUUAUGACGUUUGGCAUCAAUGCGGUGCCCAAGAGUAUUGCUAACUCAGGGUAGGACCUCUCUGCCCUCUGAGCAACCUACUACUCUCUCUUUUUGUUGUUGUUGUUACUCCAGGGGGGGGGUCUCGUGUACUUGAGGAUGUGCUAAAUCGCUUUCCCUCUCUCUCCCCCCCUCCACAAAAAAUAGCUCUGCAUUUAUUCCAGCUGCGUUGCCCGCCUUGUUGUGCAAGAAGGCAGGGGCUGUGUCGCACAUCUGUAUGCUUCUGGGAAGGGUCUGUUCUAAACUGGACAGUCGCUAGUGUUACUCUUGUGGGAGUUGGGACUCUGCUGUGGCAUUGGACACUACAGUUCCACCGGCUUGGCUGCCGAUACUCUUCCCAACCUCCUCUCUGCCAUGAUCCCUGAAAGAGGGUUUACUGAGAAGGGUAGGCCCGUAGAAUGCAGUCACCCCCCCUCCCCCAAAACCUCUCUCCACCCUUAAUUGUUCUCUCAAUGGCAAUCUGGUUUUAACACGUGGCUAAGCCCGGCUGGGGGAAAAGAAUGAGCACCUUUGAUUGUUUUGCCCGCAGUGUCUCAAGCGACCACGUCUAGACACCCCCACCCCACCCCACCCUCGAUGACACUAAAACCAGGCCACGGUUCCAGUGUGCAAAAGCGAAAGGGGAUAACCAGCAUAUAAUGUACAGUCGACGUGUGAACCUUCAAAACGCCAAAAAAAACUGGGAUGUGCAAACGAUUCGCAUUUGGGUAGCUUGUGCGCUGUCCCUCGCUUCAACGUGCCCUUUUCGUUUUGCUCUAGUUUCCCCCCCCCCUUCCCUCCCUGAAAUCUCAAAAGAUUCUUUAAAAGUAGAUGGGUAUUACAGAAUUCUGCUCUUUGAAUUGCACCGUUGGGGUAGGGGUAGGUGGGUGGGGGCGAGGGGUUGCCCAGGGACCAUGACCUGUUGACACAACUUAAAAAAGUUUUGGGCAAAGGCAAUUUGGGCAAAAGCAAAAAUUUGCUUCCUGCAGCUUGUUAGCGGUGCAAUAUCCUUUUCUUACUCCCCACCCACCCCCAUUCAAGUUACAGUAGGUCUUCAUUUUCUGUGACAGGAUUUAUUUGGGCUGCUGUAUACUCAUUUAAUGUAACAAUGCUAUUAUCUAAAUAUUUGUAAAUAAAGUACCUGUAUCUAGACAAAAAA